AUGGGGUUCAUUGACGGCAGCCUUGCUGAAGCGAAGCUCAUCGGCGAUGACGUCUUCCCGAAGACGUUGCUCCCGGCGGCGGUCUCCGAACGAAACCUGUCCAAGUCCGUGCUCGCUGAACGCGAAUCCCUGGUGGCCGCACUCCGCCGGCACCGAGCUCUGCUCUUCCGCGGUUUCGACGUGACCUCCGUAGAUGACUUCGAGCGCGUUGUGGAAGCCUUCGAGUGGGACGCGUUCCAAGCAAUUUCAGGCACAACCACUCGUUCUAAGCUCUCCGAACGCAUCUACACUGCCAACGAGGCUUCAGUGGAGCUGUUCAUCAAUUUCCACCACGAGAUGUCUCUGGGGAAUCAUGCAUGA